GUCUCGCGAUGUCGCGCCUCUGUUUUGAAGCACUUUUGCGCAGCCUUAACAGUCAUUUGUUUCUACCCAGCUAGUGUGGUGUUGCAUCUCAUCACUCAACUUCCGGUUUUCUUAUCGUUGUCGACUAUCAGCAGGUUGCCAGUUUCGGUGCAAUGUCCAUCUGGUAUCUCCACCUUGUUAUUGCACAAACGAGGACUCGUCAGACAGACAGUGCAGCACCCGACUCGAUGAGGCGUGUGGACCACUUCAGAGGUUUAUUAACUAGCUAGCUGAUCAUCAAAAUAAAACAGUGCCACCUUAAAAACAUGAGUCCAGAAGGAAAGACACUGUUGAACAUCGUAAUCCUGGGCUUUGGAUUUAUGUUCGUGUUCACUGCUUUUUCAACAUGUGGAAAUAUAGAGCAAACUGUGAUCAAGAGUUUCAACAGCACUGGCUUCAGUGGGAGUGGAUACACAAGCAUGUCCAUCAUCUAUGGAGUUUUCUCUGCAUCCAACCUUAUUGCUCCCUCGGUAGUGGCUGUUAUAGGACCACAACUUUCCAUGUUCUUUAGUGGACUAGCAUACAGUGGAUACAUUGCCACGUUCAUCCAACCCUUCACUUGGAGUUUUUACGCAGCCUCUGUAGUUGUUGGAAUAGCGGCUGCAAUAUUGUGGACUGCUCAGGGUAACCUACUCACCAUCAACUCUACAGAUGUCACCAUUGGCAGGAACUAUGGUAUUUUCUGGUCCUUGCUACAGUUCAGCUUUUUAUUUGGGAACAUGUAUAUUUAUUUUGCCUGGUAUGGCCAUGUUCACAUAUUAGACAAGGAUCGCCAGACUGUAUUCAUCGCUCUCACGGUCAUAAGCCUGAUAGGCAGCUUUCUGUUCUUCCUGAUCCAGAAGCCAGAGCCUAAGUCCAUAUCCUCUGAUGAAUCUGAGUCACUGCUGCAGGCUGAGUCGUCAGAGAGUGCCUCUGUUGUUGUAGUGCCUCAAGGUCUCGGUUCCCAGGCUCUGGAUGCUUUCAGGAAGGCAUUGCAGCUGUCUGUCACUAAAGAGAUGCUGCUGUUAAGCAUCUUCAUAGCAUACACAGGCCUGGAGCUGACCUUUUACAGUGGGGUAUAUGGGACGUGUAUUGGGGCCAUGACUCAAUUUGGGGACAAUGCCAAAAGUCUGAUUGGGCUCUCAGGCAUUUUCAUUGGCAUUGGGGAGAUCCUGGGAGGGGGCAUGUUUGGGAUGUUGAACAAGCGCAACCGCUUUGGGAGGAGCCCUGUGGUGCUGUUGGGGCUGAUCACUCACUUUGUGGCCUUCUACUUGAUCUUCCUGAACAUCGCCAGCGACGCCCCUCUGGCCCCAGAGGAGGGUACAAACCUGCAGGCCUUCAUCACCCCCAGUGUUGAGUUGGCUCUGCUGUGCAGCUUCCUGCUUGGCCUGGGAGACAGCUGCAUCAACACCCAGCUGUUGAGCAUUGUGGGAUACAUGUUCCAGGAGGACAGCGCUCCCGCCUUUGCUGUCUUCUACCUUGUCCAGUCCAUCAUGGCAGCCCUGGCCUUCUUCUACAGUAACUACCUACUACUGCACUGGCAGCUGCUCAUCAUGGUGCUAGUGGGCUUCCUGGGCACACUAUCCUUCUUCAUAGCUGAGUGGAUGGUGGUCUCCAGAAGACGCGAUACUGACAACAAUAGCAUAUGACAACCUAGGCCUAGGGGACAAGGGGCUGUGGUGAGAGGAACUUCCUAUCAUCCCUUUAGGACCCUUCAACUGACACUGUCACUGGCCUACCUCAGCCCCACUAAGCACAGACUGUAGGUAAUGCUGUUUUUGCAGUCAUCCCAACUCUAUAGAUUUUUGCUUUUCAAGUGCAAGAGACACUUUCUGUUGAAUGCUGUAUGUUUGCUCUACUUGGAGCAAAUCAGUCCUUUUUUUAAAGGAGGGUAUGAUAGUGAAAUCCAUACAAAAUUAUUGAACAAUGCUGUGAAUAUGCAUUACUUUGUUGAUGUUUAUAGAACGCUAAUUCUGAUUAUUUUAACCGCUCUUUCAGAUUGUUAUUGCAACCCAGCUAAAUUCUGGCAAACUGUCAUAUGUUAAAGGUUCUACUUCUUCCUCUCUGCCACAACAAAUUAAUUCAGACACUGGCCUCAUUUCUGGGGGAAAUGGCUCUCUCUUUGAAAUAACUUAUAAGCCAAUUCACAAUGAUAUUGGGCUGGAUGCUGAUAGGGGGGAAAUGCUGAAUGAUCAGAGAAAUUAUAGUCAAAGCUUUUAUUUUAGGCUAUUUACAGAAAAAUAAGUCCAGGAUGCUUUGCUAGCCAUAGAAAACAAGACAUCCACAGGGGCCAACCAAUUGGAUCCCAGUUUGCUUAAGUGUGCAGCGCCCAUCAUUGUAGGCUUGAUAACCCAAAUUGUUAUCAGGAAAUAUUCCAAAAGUAUGGAAAUCAGCUCUUGUGCUGCGACUCCAUAUGGGCGGGGAUAGUAGUGAUCUUAAUGAAUAUUGCCCCAUUUCCAGGCUUCCUUGUCUAAUUAAAGUUCUUGAAUCCUUAGUGAAUGUACAACUUUUUUUUAUCUGAGAAAUGUAUUUUGAAUGUAAACCAAUCAGGGUCUAGACCUGGGCAAAGCACUAUUACAGGAACCACUUUAGUUGUUAAUGAUCUUGUCAACGCUUUAGACACUAAAAUGAAAUGUGCUGCUUUGCUUGUGGACCUGUCAAAAGCUUUUGAUACUGUUGAUCAUGCUAUUUUAUUGAAUAAGUUGUCCUCGAUAGGCCUGAGGUCUGACUCCUGUUCAUGGUUUAAUGAUUAUCUUAGUGAAAGAACUCAAGCCAUCAUGAUUGAUGGGGUUAAGUCUGAAUUUCUUGAUGUAAGUAAUUUCUUGAUGUAAGGUGUACCACAGGGGUCGCUUUUGGGACCUGUUCUCUUCACUAUUUAUAUAAACACCAUUGGUCAAUCUGUGUUAAAAAUGGUAAAAUUAAUCUAUAUGCAGAUUUUUUACUUUUUAAUUAACUAGUCAUUUACAAUGACAGCCUGCCAAAAGUCCUCCUGCAGGGAUGGGGGCCUGGGAUUAAAGAAAAUAAAUAAAUACAAUAUAAAUAUAGGACAAAACACACAUCACAACAAGAGAGACAACACAACACUACAUAGCAAGGCAGCAACACAUGACAACACAGCAUGGUAGCAACACAACAUAACAACAACAUGGUAGCAGCACAAAACAUGGUACACACAUUAUUGGGCACAGUCAACAGCACAAAGGUCAAGAAGGUAGAGACAACAAUACAUCACACAAAGCAGCCACAACUGUCAGUAAGAGUGCCCAUGAUUGAGUCUUUGAAUUAAUAGAUUGAGAAAAAACUGUCCAGUUUGAGUGUUUGUUGCAGCUCGUUCCAGUCGCAAGCUACAGCGAACUGAAAAGAGGAGUGAUCCAGGGUCAGUCUUAAUGUUAACACAACACAUCUUCCUUCCUUUAACAUUAAAAUAAUGUUCUCUAACCUCA